AUGAAGAAGCUCUCCGAAGAGGCUCACAGUUGUUCAAGGCCACUCGUUUUACGAGAGGAUCUUAUGCAUAAUCGUUGCAGGUUUUCGUUUUCGACUACACUAAACACUCAUCUGUUCCAAAAGAUAACCAGUGUAAGCCUCAAUUACGGCUCCGUGGACAUACGAAGGAAGGUAUGUCUAUGGGAUGUCCAAGCAAACGAGAUUAGCGCUGGGUACUUGGAUGCAAAGACUAUUUUCAAGGGGCAUACACAGGUCGUCGAAGAUGUUGCAUGGCAUGUGCUACAUGAAGCAGUAUUUGGUUCUUUGAAGCACAUUCCGCUGAAGUCAACUGUUCUAUCGUUCAAUCCUUAUUCGGAAUUCAUUCUUGCAACUGGAAGUGCUGAUAAGACUGUGGCCCUCUGGGACCUACGAAAUAUGAAGCUGAAGCUGCAUUCGUUUGAGUCACACAAGGACGAGAUUUUCCAAGUGCAGUGGAGUCCUCAUAAUGAGACCAUUCUGGCUAGCAGUGGAACUGAUAGGAGACUUCACGUGUGGGAUUUGUCCAAAAUUGGAGAGGAACAGAAUCCUGAAGAUGCUGAGGAUGGACCACCGGAGUUGCUGUUCAUUCAUGGAGGUCACACAGCAAAAAUUAGUGAUUUCUCAUGGAAUCCUAAUGAACCUUGGGUUGUGUGCAGCGUCUCGGAGGAUAACAUCAUGCAGGUAUGGCAAAUGGCAGACAAUAUUUACAACGAAGGCGAAGAAGAAACACCGCUG